CAUCGGGAGCCUCAGCACGACGGAGAGGGCGGUGGAGCAGCGGGCCAAGGGCCGCGCCCCCAUGAAGGAGAAGGAGGCGGGGGCGGCCGGGGAGCGGGGCAAGCCGGCCACUUACACCGGGGACAAGAAGGCGCGCAUGGCGGCCAAGACCAACAAGAAGUGGGUGCGCCUGGCCACCGUGCUGGCCUACGUCCUCUCCGUCUCGCUGGCCGCCAUCGUGCUGGCCGUCUACUACAGCCUCAUCUGGCAGCCGGUGCGGGGCGGCGGGCAGCCGCACAGCCCGGCGCAGCCGCCCGGAUCGUCCACUGGGCCCGGCCCCACUGCGCCCGCGCCCGACCCCGGAGAAGCCACGACGGCGCUGGGAGCCGGAGCCGCCCCCACCGCCCCGCGGAAGGCCGCCGGUGCUGCGGCGCCGUAG